AUGGGGAUUCUUUAUGUUUUCGUGCUUGUUCUUCUUGGGGGAGGUUGGGCCGAGCAGUACUUCAUCGAUCCCGAGCGCUUUCUUCCUUCCGGCGCUGACGACUCGAUUCGUCAGGCCUUGGAAGCAGUGCCCUCGGCACUUCUACCGGAGGCCUUGCGGCCACUUCCUGAAGGAACGAAGGUUCGCGUCACCCGCCACGAAGCCACCUUGGACAGGACCCAGAAGAUGGUUUGCGGCGUCUUUGACCAGCGAUGUGCUCGCAAGGAGCUACUGGGCCAGUUGGGUGUGGUGCUCUCUGUGAAUGGCAACGAAGUCGAGGUGCAAUUCCCACCCGACUUGCUGGUGCCAAUGCGGUCCCAUGGCCCGAAGCCCCGAUGGGGAAAUCUGGCGCGGUUUCAAGAUCUGGAGCGCCGUGGCAUUGCAAUCCUGCAUCGCCAAGCUUUGGAAAUCGAGGCCGAGAUUGCUGCUGCGCAGUCGCGAAAGAACAAGUGGGCCGAGGUGUGGGACUCCUUGCCAGCUGCAGAGAAGGCGCGGCUCCACGAUCUGAUACUCCGGCUCGAUGCCCAGCUCCUGAACGCGCAGCCGGGCGACCCGAGGACCGUGUACCCACACUUCUCUGGUGCUCACCGACCAGCGAAGGUGGCGGUGAAAGCCCCACGGGCCAUGGGCAAGCAGGAGGCCAAUGCUGCCUGGCCUGAGUUGGAAAGUGCACUGUUUUUGCCCGACGCCUUUGGUCUCCGCGGCCCUGGAGGAGACGACGUACGGCUGCAGUUCUUGCGAGAGUUGCUGUCCAGGGGCCUGGCGCCAGACUACAGCUUCCGCGGGCGGCCGCUGCUCCAUCGUGCUUGCGAGUCUGGAGACUUGCAGCUGGUGGAGCUCCUCUUUGCUUGCGGCGCCGACCUGCACGCGCGUGGUGGAGAGGAGAUGAGCUUACCGAUUGAGGUUGCAACCUUUUGCGGUCAGAUGGGCAUCCUCCGCCUUCUCCUCAUGAACGGCUCAUGCUUCGGCCGCUCCCUACACAUGGCAGCCUUGGCGGGCCAUGUUGAGGCUCUUCAGCUGCUGCUGGCCUACGGAGCACGUGCUGACCUGCGGGUGGCCGGCUACGGCGCCCUGGAUUUGGCGGUGGCUGCGGCCCAGGCACCAAUCGUGGAUCUGCUCCUCCAGUGCAAGGAGCUGGAGACCAGCGCAGAGGAGCGGCUGAGCUCCCAGGUGCAGGGCCGAUUCGGCCUAGCAGGCCGAAGCCGGCGCCUGCAUCUGGCAGCCAAGCUGGGUGGCCCCAGAGGUGCUAUCAUGGAACUGCUCCUCAAGCAAGUCAGGGCGCUUCGAGGUGACGACUCCUGGCUUCUCAUGGAAGCGGAGGACGGCCGCACGCCUUACCAGGUUGCCGCUUUGCCGAUUCGCUUGCAGAUGAAACCCAACUGCCUGGAUGUUUGGUCGACGCUCCUGCGCAGCUGGCCACAGCCUGCAGGUGAAGCAGGGCUAGCAGCCCUUCGAACCGUGCUGGAGGCGAAGGGCGACGCCAACACAGCGAAUGCUGCCGGUUGGACACCCUUGCUGUUGUGCGCCAUGGUUGAUAGGGGCGAUGCUGUGGAGCUGCUGCUGAAGCACGGCGCCGAUCCGUAUCAGGCCGGACCACGAGGGCGCACAGCCAUGCUGUGGGCAGAUUGGUACCGCUGCUCCUCGGCGCUGGCGAUGCUGAAGGCUGACGGCCGCCGCGAGAAGCGCGAGGAUCGCGAAGGCCUGAAGAGGCUGCAAACGGCGAUGAAGGAGGACUUCUUCCUGAUCAUUCGGCAUGGCGCGCUGGAGGUGGCCCAGGAGGCUGUGGAGGCAGCCAAGCCGAGGCUGACGAUGAACGGCCAGACGUUGCUCUUUGCAGCCGCGGCGCGGCCGCAAAGCCUCGAUGGGGCCGAGUACCUCUGCCGCCGGCUCGUGGCCAAGCAUGUGAACGUCAGGGACACCGACGGGCGAGGAAGGACGCCGCUGUUCUAUGCAGCUGAGGCCGGCCACGCUGGGCUUUGCGCCUUCCUGGUGGCAGAAGUCGGCAUGGAGCUGGAGCGGCAAGAUGAUGUCGGCCUCACCCCGCUUGCAUGCGCCCUGCAGGCGGGCCACAUCGAUGCAUCCAUCAGCUUACUGCGCCAGGGAGCCUCCUUAGGCCUGGUGAACAAAGAGGGGAAGGGGAUCUACCAGUUUGCCUCGGAGGGCACUCUCGAGCUCCUCCGUGAGCGACUUUCCGAGUGGGCACAAGCUCCGAGGGCUUCGGGCAGCCCUGGAAGCCAAACGAUCCGUACCUUGAGCGGUCACAAGCGUAAGCGUGGAGACUCCCAGAGUUCGCGUGCUUGUGGCUUGGAGGCCCUGCAGGAGUGGGCGCUUCAGCGCCCCAAGUGCUUCGUCGGAGAGCCGCAGGUGGCGGACCUGGCGGGCCGAGUCAUCGUCGGGAACGACACCCACGCCACCUUCGUACCCACGGAGGACGCGGAGCUCCGCAAGGUGCGGCUCCUUGAGAAGGCCCUGGUCGUGGAUCAGGCACGCCUCUUUGCGAGCGAGCUUUUUGUGCACUCCAUGCGCCCAGAGCAUUGGGCCGAUGCGCUGGGCACGCAUGCGAGUGAAGGCGUCGCCACUGACAGGGCACGGCGGGUCGUGCGAUCAACGUCCUCAAGCAGUGAGACCAUCGUGGCUGCAAUCUGCCGUGACUCGGGGCACAUCGUGGGCUUCUCGCGCGCUUCGGCAAGGCCAGGUGGCGAGCUCUACGUGGAGACGCUGAAGGUGCAGGCGGGCCAUGAGCUUCAGGGCAUUGCCAGGCUCAUGGUGCAGGCCGUCGAGAUCCGAGCCAGUCACAAAGGCUUCACAUGCAAGAAGUUGGGGUCCCGAUGCCUGCGCCGCAACUUGAAUGCCCAGCGCUUCUUCAAGCAGCUGGGCUUUGUGGUGUGUGAAAGUGAGCCUACCAAUGAGAACGAAAGCCCGCUUUCUGAUUGCAUCAAAUUCGAGCGACCGAUCGUGCGCCACCGAAUCUGCAGCAAAUCCUCGGCGUAG